AUGGCACACCGGCUUCGUUUGGACUUUGCAUCAAGGAGAAGCAACACCGACCCUCUGUCAGAGAGUCGCAGCAGACAUGGUGAAGAGAGUGGAGUCAUUUUGUCAGCUGGUAGCCCCACAGAGAGUCUGGCGCACAGUUCUUUACACUUCAAGGUGACUUCGCUGUCACCAGACUAUGAACAUUUACAGAGAUAUUCUUCAAUAUUCAUACCAAAGGUUAACCCUGGAGGAUGUAGUAAAAAGAGUGUUCUUCAGAUCUCACUACAGCCUUGCAGCAAGUUCAGCAGAGAACUAGAAGACUCCACAGGGGAUGGAGACUCUGUGAGCACCGAAGGGGGAGCGGUUACAGGCUGUGACGGGAGUUCCUGUAGUAGCAGUAUGGUCAGCGAUGCCGGGUACUGUAGUAGCAACAGUAUCUUUGAGCCAGAAACUCCAGAGAAGCGCACAACCACUCAAGAGAAGAGUGUUCCCUGCUGCAAGUCCAAGGUACCUUUAAGACGCUGUUCCUCCUUGGUUAUCUUAUCCAAGAGCCCCUGCAACACACCACCUGCUUCUCCAGUAAGCCCAGUUCCUUUUCCUGCUCCACUGGCAACAACAGCUCCUCUUCAAACACUUGCCACCGAUUCCUCACAGGAUGAGGAGAAAGGCACCUGGAAAGAUUCUGCCACUCUCUUAAGUGGCCCGCAUUGUCCCAAAGAAAACCCUACGAGCGAGUGUCGGGACACCAAACAUUUGGUACACUUAAAUAUUCCUUUACCAGACAAACUUAAACAUAAAGUGAUGGAUGGGAGUAUUAUGAUGGAACAGUCGUUUUCUCAUGAUAAAUCUUAUUGUCGCUUAAGGAGCGUUCUCCUGCACUUUGCCAACCAGAGACCAGCAGCAUCAUUGUGUACAGUCAAUGCGGAAUAUCCUGAGGACCCAUACCCAAUUUCAUAUCCGGAGGCAGAACGGGACCCUAAGAAAAAACUGUAUCGUAGUACUUCGGCUUGUUUAUUCUCCUCUGCAAAACCACCAGAGAAAAACUUCUGUGCAUUAGAAAAUGAGUGGAAAAGGUCAGAAGAAAACCACUGUCAUCGUGCCAUACAACGGAGCUUUUCCCUGGAAGUCCCCUACGCAAACACUGGAAUUUCAUGUCAUGUUUCAAAUACAAAACUUGGUAUUCCUUGCUCUCCACAUGUGCACAUUCAUCUGUCUCCAUGCUGUCCAGCAAAGUUGCCUAGCUUGGUUGAUAAUGCAAGCGCAACCUGCAAAGGAAACAUUACCACAAAGAACUUGGCUCAAAGUGCAAAGGUGAGUGUUAUCUUUGUUUGGGGUUGACUGACACUCUUAGUUCCAAGCUGAAAAUGUACUUAAAUGGCAAGCAUCUCUUACAGAAUGUACCUUUUUUUUUCAAAAAG